CUGUAUGAUAACCGGCCGCAGCUUUGACCGCCAUUGACUCGCGUGAGCUGAAUUUGCGUUUAGGCGGGUGGUACGGUUUCAGAGAGACGAGGGCGAGAGCACCCACCGCCAUGGAGACGGAGCCGGAGACAGCGGCCGACUUCGAUCCUCCUCCUCCGUCGUCAUCUCCGCCUCCCCCCUCUCCUCCUCCUGGUCCUACUGCUGCUGUAGUGGAAUCAGCUGCCAAAUCGCCGGCCGCAGACGGAGGAACGAACGAACCCGGAGCAGCAGGGGCGGAAGGAUCGGCCUCUGGAGGAGGCGGCGGCGGCGGUGGGGGAGUGGCGCCGGCGGAGGACCGAGUGAAGGGGCCGUGGUCGCCGGAGGAGGACGUGAUACUGAGCAAUCUCGUGAACAAGUUUGGGGCGAGGAACUGGAGCCUGAUUGCACGGGGGAUCCCCGGCCGCUCUGGAAAGUCAUGCCGCCUACGGUGGUGCAAUCAACUCGACCCUUACGUCAAACGCAAGCCCUUCACUGAGGAAGAGGAUCGUAUCAUAAUUGCUGCCCAUGCAAUCCAUGGUAACAAAUGGGCAUCGAUAGCGAGGCUUUUGGAGGGAAGAACAGAUAAUGCGAUUAAGAAUCACUGGAAUUCCACCCUGAGGCGUAGAUGUUUUCAGGCUGAGCAAUACAAAGCAGCAGCAUGUGAUGCUUUGCAAGAUGCUAGUGCAGAGAAAGCCAAAGGAUCUUCAGAAGAAAGUCCAUCCAUUGGGGAUGUUAAUUCCUUCAAGUCCUUGGAAGGAAGAGAUGUUAAUUCGAAAGAAAACAUGUCUGACAAUUCUGAAGAUAUAGUCAAUGCCAGAGAUGACAGUUCUGAAGUAAAAGACCCACCUUACCUGUUCCGACCGGUUGCAAGAGUCAGUGCCUUCCACCCAUAUAAUCAUGUGUCUGGUCAGUCAUGUGGUUCUUUAUUGUCAAGACCGGUCCAAAUGCAUGGAUUGUUAUCCCAAGCCUUUCAAACUGGAGCUGGAAUCUCCAAAUUGCUUGAUGGUAACUGCAGUGAACCUCAGGUGCCACCCCGAUGUGGCCAUGGCUGUGGUAGCAUUGAAAAUGACAGCCAUCCUCAGAACUCGUUGUUGGGCCCUGAGUUUGUUGAAUUUGUGGAGCUUCCCGCCAUUUCAAAUCAAGAAUUGUUUUCAGUAGCCUCAGAGUUGAGCAGUAUUGCGUGGCUUAAAAGUGGCUUGCAAGUCGGUAGCAGCUGUAUGUAUGGUGGUUCACCUAGUCCGGUAGCUCCACCAGGGGGACAUGUGCAAUGAGCAAAAUUGAGAGGGUUACAAGGAUGGUCACUUGCAAGUUGAUGACGGUAAAAACAAAGUGAGUUCUUAAUGGCUCAAGUAUUUGAGGUAUGUCAAGGUCACCUUUUCAUCUAGUAGCUGAUACUGAGGGCAUGAACCAAGCAACUUUAGUUCGAAUAUGCUAGGAAGGGAUUAGGAUACCCUAUGGGGAUGGCAAGAGUUCCCUUUAUUUAUAGAAUAAUAAACUAGUAAGUUCCUUGGGAUAAACCGCUAGAUCUUGAUUAAUCAAAAAGGUAUCUUUGAUUUCUGUGGUGUACUUUGUUACUUUUUGGUAUAACAAUAUAUGAACGGUCAGCUAAAUAGAAGUAUGUUCUCUUCAGCAUCUGCAACAGAAAGUAUGCUUCUUGCCUAAUACCGUACAGAGAUAUAUUGAUGUGUGAUUUUGACCUCUUUGAUCAAUGUUUUACGUGUGCCAUGUCGUUGUAGAGAAAAGAACUUGAUUUUUUUUUUUUUAAUAAACAAAACAUGUACUUAUUUUUAGAACUCUUUAUGUAGUCAAAAAGCAAA